AAUCCGGGAAGAAGCCGUCUGCAUGACUCCCUAAGAAUGUCGGUGGCCACUGAAGAGUCUCGUCCCGCCACGGCCCUCUCCCGGGCCAGCAUCUCAACAUGGGAGAUCCCCACACCGCACUUCCCGCACGAGAGGGUCGGCAGGGGCAGGGUGCUCUUCACAGGAGUGGACGGCAUGUCCGACUACCGUGUAAACGUCCCAGACGAGGUCCGUCAUACCGGUAUUGGCACCAUGUCCCCGGAGGGCACCAGCGAGGUGCUGUACCUCUGGCGCGCCGCUAGGGGGACUCCCUUCCCGCUGGGGAAGCACCAGAGGGUCGGGGAGAUCGGCUGGGCCAUCCCCGAACUGGGGGACAAACGGGCGCUGACAACUAACGCACAUUUCAAGCUUGGAGAGUUUCGAGAAGCUUGUGAGAACAGCUACACACAUCGGUACCAGAACCCAUGGGGGAAGGGAAAAGACAUGAAAGCGACGGACCAGGAGCGAGGACGGACCGCGGAGGGCGGCCGGGCUGUCUCCCGGGGAAGUGCACGGCCUCCGACCCGACCCGUGUCCACCAUCGGAGACCUGCCUUCUAGAUAUUAUCGGCCACGUAUCACCGGAGAAAGACGAUCUUCCAUCGGCAGUGCCUCUAUACACAGUUCGUCAUCUAGGUCCUCCAUGCGCUAAGAACUCUUCAUCCUGACUCGUACAGUGAAAGGAAAACUUGAAGUAUUGAAAGCCAACAUGAGAUUUUCACGGCCGCCAUCUUUGUUUUACACGUAGUAGGUCAAGUUUGAGAGCUGAACACAUAUUUGUAUUACGUCACAUAUUAGUAUUUUUCCAAUCAUAGUUUGUCCAGAUUUAUACAUAUAUUAUAUCAAAGAUCAUAUGAUUUCGAGGAAAAUCAAAUGUUUGAGGAAGGAAACUGCGUAUGCUGCUAUUACAUGUGUUAGAAGUAAUAUUUUAGUCUUUUGAUCUGUGAUAUGAGAUUUGCAAUGUGAAGAAGAAUGAGCUUAAUUGUUCAGUGUUAUUUAUAUGAUUUGAGCUUCAGCAUGAUGAAAUGUUAUUUGGAUAUGGUUAAACUUUGUGAAUAUGGUAUGGAAACAAUCAAGGAUGUAAUUGAAGGAGAAUUCAGCAUCAACAGAAUGGUUAAAAACUAGUGAAAUAAAAUAAUUGUAAACUGAAAUUUUGCCGUGGGACACUGCAUGAAAAUCUAUCUUUACACACAGCUUAAAGUAUGCGUAAAGGUUACUGUUUUUUUCAUUCGAGUGGAUAAUAGGAACUUUACGCACACUUUAAGGCAUGCUUAAAGAUAUGAUUUUGAGAAGUGAUUGACAUUUGUUUAUUGUUAUGUUGACUCCACUCUGGUUGAUUUAAUUUGGAUGUAUACAUUUUGCUGAUCACUACAAAUUGAUACCUGCACUAUCUUGUGUGCCAUGCAUGAUUAAAAGCCAUUACAAAUG